UCUUGAAGACAGGGACAGGCAAAGGCGCAGAACGCGGAAAUACAACUGUAUGACUUCUACCAGGCAGCGUUUCAUUUCAUUUGGCUGUUUCUUUCUCUGAAUAAAGAAUGAGGAUAACGGGAGGCACAUACGUCCAAGCUGGCAAAGCAAAUAAGUAGCCUGGUUUGAAGUAAGGAUCGGUCUACUCACGUGUCGAAUGACUGACCAAAAAUGAGCGUUAGUGGGGAGAAUGAGGAAGCCAGAUCUGAGUCUUCACCGCCCACCUGUCCAUCACUGAAGAGUGACCACUCUAAAGAUGUUCCUCUCGCCUUCAGUAAUGAACUGGGACCAUCUGACUUAAGUCCAAAGAUAAGGUUUGGUGAAAAAGACGGGCCAAGAAGAACAGACUCUCCAGUGUCCACCUGUCUGUCCCUGAAGAGUGACCACUCCAAAGAUGUUCCUCUUGCCUUCAAUAAUGAACCUGGACUUUUUCAAACAAAAGAAAGGAAAAGGACUGGUGAAUGUAUCAAGGAUGAGCUGCCAUGUUGUGGUUUGUGUAAGGAGGUCCUGAGACAUCCACAAACUACCAGCUGUGGACACUGCAUCUGCAAGCAGUGUAUUGCUUUAAACUGGGAGGAAUGCAACUCACCAGGAAAUCCUCCUUGUCCUGAUUGUGGAAAAAGAUGCAGGAAGAAUCCUAGACUGCAAACACCUGGUCGAAAUAGAAUUGAAGAAGGCACUGGUAGUCUGCAGGAGGUUUUAGACACUCAUAAGAUUAGUCUCAGCCGAAGAUGUGAAUUUGCAGUAGAAGGCAAUGCUGAAGCAGGAACUCGCACCCAUCUGAACAGGAUCUACACUGAGCUGUACAUCACUGAAGGACAGUGUGAAGGAGUUAAUGUCCAACAUGAAGUGUGGCAACUUGAGACUAUAUCUAAAAACGAGACCCUGCAUGAAACUCCAAUCAAAUGCCAUGACAUCUUUAAAGUCUUACCUGGCCAAAAGGGAUCAAUCAGAGUAGUUAUGACAAACGGAAUUGCCGGCAUCGGCAAAACCUUCUCAGUGCAGAAGUUCACUCUUGACUGGGCUGAGGGUCUUGAGAAUCAAGACAUCAGCCUUGUGAUUCUGCUUUCUUUCAGGGAGCUGAACUUGAUCAGAGAUGAGCAGUACUGUCUCUUGAGGCUGCUUCAUGAUUUCCAUCCCGCACUACACAUGGUCACAGCACAAAGGCUUGCUUUCUGCAAAGUUUUGUUCAUCUUUGAUGGUUUGGAUGAAAGCAGGCUUUUGUUGGAUUUCCAGAACCAUGAGAUAGUGUCUGAUGUUAACCAGCAGUCGUCAGUCAAUGUGCUCUUGACUAACCUUAUCAAGGGGAAUCUUCUUCCUUCAGCUCUGUUGUGGAUAACUUCCAGACCUGCCGCAGCUGAUCAGAUCCCUCCCUCCCACAUUGAUAGGAUGACAGAGGUAAGAGGAUUUACUGACACUCAGAAAGAGGAGUACUUCAGGAAGAGAUUCAAUGAUGAAUCUGUGUCCAGCAGAAUGAUCUCACAUAUCAAGGCAUCUAGGAGCCUAUAUAUCAUGUGUCACAUACCAGUUUUCUGUUGGAUCACUGCCACAGUCCUGCAGCACAUGUGGACUACAGACCAAAAAGAGCUGCCCAAGACUCUGACUGAGAUGUACUUACAUUUCCUGCUGGUUCAGACAAAGAGGAAUACACAGAAGUAUAACGAGGAGCAUGAAAUCAUUCAACAAGAGCAGAUGCAGACUAAAGUCCUCCAUCAAGAGCAGAUGCAGACAGAAGACAUCCAACAGGAGCAGAUGCAGACUGAUAAGGAUGUCCUGCUGAAGUUGGGAAGACUUGCAUUUGAAAAUCUGGAAAUGGGGAAUAUGAUGUUCUAUCAGGAGGACUUGGAGCGAUGUGGUCUUGAUGUCAGAGCAGCCUUAGUUUUCUCUGGAUUGUGCACAGAAAUCUUCAAAAGAGAGUGUGUACUCUUUCAGAAAAUGAUUUACUGCUUUGUUCAUUUAAGUAUUCAGGAGUUUCUUGCUGCUGUCUACAUGAUCAACUGUUAUCUGAACAAGGAUAUAAAAGUGCUGGCAACUUUCUUGGGAGAAGACUGGGAUAGAAAUGGCAACGAGCCAGGUCUGGAUACCUUUCUCAGUAGAGUUGUUGACAAAUCUCUAAGCAGUGAAAAUGGCCACCUGGACCUCUUUGUUCGCUUCCUUCAUGGCCUGCUAUUGGACUCCAACCACCAUCUCUUAAAAGGUCUGGUAGGCUGGACAGCGAGCAAUCCAGAGAGCAUCCAGAAAGCGAUACACAACCUGAAGAAGAUGAAUGCUUAUGAUAUCUCUCCUGACAGAAGCAUCAACAUCUUCCACUGUCUGAUGGAGAUGAAUGACCACUCAGUGCAUCAGGAUAUUCAAGAGUACCUGCAGUCAGGGAACAGAUCAGAGAAAAAACUUACAAAGACACAUUGCUCUGCUCUUGCCUACAUGCUGCAGAUGUCAGAUGAGGUUCUUGAUGUUUUGGACCUGAAGAAAUAUAACUCAUCAGGUGACGGAAGGCGGAGAUUGCUCCCAGCUGUUAGAAACUGCAGAUGUGCUAGACUUGCUUGCAGUGGACUCUCAGAGUGGCAUUGUGAAGUUCUGUCCUCAGCUCUUGCGUCCAACCCUUCUCAUCUGCGAGAGCUGGAUCUGAGUGAAAACGACUAUCUGCUCGAUUCAGGAGUGAAGCUGUUGUCUGUUGGGCUAAAGAGUCCAAACUGUAGACUGGAGAUUUUAAGCUUGAAGAGCUGCAGUUUGUCAGAAAGUUGUGCUGAUUCUCUGGCAUCAGCACUUAAGUCCACCUCUUCUUGUCUGAGAGAGCUAGACUUGAGUAACAACAACUACCUCAAGGAUUCAGGGGUCCAGCUUCUGUCUGCUGGACUGGAGAGUCCACACUGUCGACUGGAAACUCUAAAAUUAAGUUGCUGCAGACUGUCAGAAAUCAGCUGUGCACAUCUGGCCUCAGCUAUGAAGUCCAACCCCUCACACAUGAAAGAGGUAGAUCUGAGUAAGAAUAAGAUUAAGGAUGGAGGAGUCAUUCUGUUGUGUGAAGCAUUGCAGACUCCUCAAUGUAAGCUGACGUAUCUGAGGAUUGAUCGAUGUGGGCUUACAGAGGACUGCUGUACGUCUUUGGCCUCGGCUCUCAUGUCCAACCCCUCCAGUUUGAGAGAGUUGGAGCUGAGUAAUAAUGAUCUGCAGGAUUCAGGAGUGAAACUGCUAUGUGUGGGUCUGGAGAGUCCUCAUUGUAGACUGAAAGCUCUGAGAUUGAGGGGCUGCUGGUUGUCAGACAUUUGCUGUGCUUCUCUGGCCUCAGCUUUAAAGCCUAACUACUCCAGUCUUAAAGAGCUUGACCUAGGUGACAAUGAUGUACAAGAUUCAGGGAUAAACAUGCUGUCAGCCGGCCUAGAGAAUGCACAUUGUACACUGGAGACCCUGAGAUUGAUACACUGUCAAAUCACGGAUGAAGGCUGUGCUUUUCUGGCAGCAGCUCUGAAAUCCAACCCAUCCCAUCUGCGGGAACUGGACCUGAGGAAAAACAACCUGCAGGAAUCAGGUGUAAAGCUGUUGUCUGAGGUCCUGAAGAGUCCACACUAUCAACUGGAGACUCUCAGAAUGGAAGAAACGGAGUUCUAAGAAUGAUGUCUUGUCGAUGCUGGGUCUGCCAAGAUCACCACAACACUGAAACACAACAGCUGUAUUGUUAGGACAAAGGGAUACCUUAAGCCUCCUCUUCUUUUCUUUUUUUUUUUUGUUUGACUGGUUCUCAUGUGGAAAUUGGGAUUGACUCCUGAACGGCUCUUAAUUUAGGAUCUUUUGUAGCCGUAGGGUUAGGGUUAGGGUUA